AUGGCCGCUGCUCGCCCUGGCCCUGCUGCCGCCGCAGCUGACGAGCAGGAUGACUCCCGAUCGUCGUCAUCAACCAAUUCCCCCGCGCCCGCCGACAACGAAGAGUCCGACUUUUUCCUCGGCGCCAACGACUCGCAGUCCUCGUUCGGCGUCCCGAACAUCCAGGACAUGGCCGUUGACGAUACCUGCUGGCCGCCGGUUAACCGCCUGCCCAACGAGAUCCUGAUCAGCGUCUUUUCCAAGCUCAGCUCCACCUCCGACCUCUACCACUGCAUGCUCGUCUCCAAGCGAUGGGCUAGGAAUGCCGUCGACCUGUUGUGGCACCGCCCUGCCUGCACCGACUGGAAGAAGCACAGCAGUAUUUGCCAGACCCUGGGCCUCGAGCAACCCUUCUUCAGCUACCGCGACUUCAUCAAGCGCCUGAACUUGGCCGCCCUUGCCGAUAAAGUCAACGAUGGCAGUGUCAUGCCUCUGUCCGUCUGUACCCGCGUCGAACGCUUGACCCUCACAAACUGCCGCGGUCUGACCGACUCGGGCUUGAUUGCCCUGGUUGAAAACAGCAACUCGUUGCUGGCCCUGGACAUCUCCAACGACAAGAACAUCACCGAGCAGUCCAUCAACGCCAUAGCCGAGCACUGCAAGCGGCUCCAGGGUCUAAACAUUUCGGGCUGCGAGAACAUCUCCAACGAGAGCAUGAUUGCUCUAGCGCACAGUUGCAAGUUCAUCAAGCGGUUGAAACUCAACGAGUGUAAUCAGCUCCGAGAUGAUGCCAUUCUCGCCUUUGCGGAGCACUGCCCCAACAUUCUUGAAAUAGAUCUUCAUCAGUGUACCUGGAUUGGCAACAGCCCGGUGACAUCGCUGCUGGCUAGGGGCAACUGCCUGCGCGAGCUACGAUUGGCGAGCUGCGACCUCAUCGACGACGAGGCCUUCCUGUCUCUGCCCCCUAACCGAAUCUUUGAACACCUCCGCAUCCUCGACCUAACAUCCUGCACUCGCCUGACCGACGCGGCGGUCCAGAAGCUUAUUGAUGUUGCCCCACGCCUCCGAAACCUCGUCCUGGCCAAGUGCCGCAACAUCACCGAUGCAGCUGUCCAUGCCAUCUCGAAGCUCGGUAAGAACCUGCACUACGUGCAUCUGGGCCACUGUGGGCAGAUCACGGACGAGGGCGUCAAGAAGCUAGUCCAAAACUGCAACCGCAUCCGAUACAUCGACCUCGGCUGCUGCACGAACCUGACCGACGAGUCUGUCAAGCGGUUGGCACUGCUCCCGAAGCUGAAGAGGAUAGGCUUGGUCAAGUGCAGCUCCAUCACGGACGACUCUGUGUUCGCCCUCGCCGAGGCGGCCUACCGCCCUAGGGUACGAAGAGAUGCAAGUGGAAUGUUUGUGGGUGGCGAGUACUAUGCCUCGAGCUUGGAACGUGUCCAUCUCAGCUACUGUAUCAACCUAACACUCAAGAGCAUCAUGAAGCUUCUCAACUCAUGCCCCAGACUUACUCACCUCAGCUUGACUGGCGUUGCUGCCUUCCAGCGGGAUGAUUUCCAACCCUUCUGCCGAACAGCACCCCCAGAGUUUACACAGCAUCAGCGGGACGUUUUCUGCGUUUUCUCCGGUACCAUGGUACCCAAGUUCCGCGACUUCCUUGGCACCUCGCCCCAGUUUGAAGAGCUCCGAGAGAGCUUCCCAUCGAGGCCAAACGGCCGUCUUCCCAUCGACCCCAAUCGAAGAAACCCCUUUCCGAUCAUACGGCAACCCACGGGCGCUCUCCUUGCUGUGGACGGGGAGGGCUUCGACGACGAGAUGGCCGACGAGGAAAAUGAUUUUGAAGGACUGGACGGUGCCGACAUGGUAGUGGAUGCCCAAGUCCAAAACCCAAUGGGUCUCGGAGAUGCCAACGGACCGGUCAACAUGGGCUUUGCACAACCGAUCCCGGUGCCGCCUACGCAACCCGGCACAGGUCAGAAUCCCUCUGUGAUACAAGUCGCCCGCGGCGGGUCGCAGCAGUUUAUGUCUGAACCACGAAACCUCCAAGAAAUUCUUGACACCAUUUUACCAGGGAAUGCUCCUCGUAUCGGUCAAGCAAGCGCUGCGACGGUCGGAAACGGCUCAGGCUCCCGGCAAGCGAGCGCUACUUUCGGAGUCAACGGCGACGUCAUCAUGGGCAUGGGAGCCAGCACUGCAACAAUCCAUCGGCAGCAAGAGAAUGGCUCGCAGCCAGACGGAAUGAAUUGA